ACAAAUAAAUAAGUAAUUACUAACUUUCGUAUGCCAAAAAAAUGAGCACCAAAGGGAUUAAGAGAGCGGCUAGCUUACGUACAAAUAAUUCAUUGGCUGACAAAUUAAACGUUUUGCAGCGUCCAGUAGUUGAACGCGGAACGCCAACAAGUGCGGAAGCAUAUAAAGGUGUUUUUCCAUGUAUAGAGAGAACAAACAUUGAUGUAAAUACACUAAAGUGUCAUUUUGCCGGCAUCCAAAGGUGAUCAUGUCACUACGAUUCUAUUAUGAUUUGAUGUCGCAGCCAUCGCGUGCACUGCACAUCAUACUAAAAAUAAGCGGUGCUCAGUUCGAAGAUUGUCCAGUGGCGCUGCGAAAAGGUGAACACUUGACUGAAGAGUUCAAGCAAAAUAUCAAUCGUUUCCAGCGAGUGCCCUGCAUUAAUGAUGAUGGUUUCAAAUUGGCUGAAAGUAUUGCCGUGUUAAGGUACCUCAGCGCAAAGGGUAAAAUUCCCGAAUAUCUCUAUCCGAAAUAUUUCUUGGAGCAAGCGCGGGUGGAUGAAUUUCUCGAAUGGCAGCACAACACGCUACGCAUCUCUUGCGCCCUUUAUUUCCGCACAAUUUGGUUAGAUCCUUUGCUCACCGGAAAUCGUCCGACGACUGAGAAAAUUGAAAAACUCAAAAAUCAAAUGGAAGGCAAUUUGGAUAUCAUCGAGAAUGUGUGGCUGGCAAAAACUGACUUCCUAACCGGACAACGAUUGACAGUUGCCGAUAUUUUUGCGGCUUGCGAAAUCGAACAGAUACGUUUGGCUGAUUAUGAUGUGCGCAUAAAAUAUCCAAAAAUCAAAGCAUGGCUAAAACGCGUUCGCGCCGGCUGCAAUCCGCACUAUGAUAAAGCCCACGAAAUGGUUUAUAAGAUAAGCGGCACUGCCCCAAAUGCGAAGCUGUGAAAAUCCAUUAAAUUCAAAUGCUGAAUUUUUUGUUACUUUCGCAUGAAUAA